AUGGAAUUCUUAGUGGUAGACCACAUAUUGGCUUAUCGUAGAGUAUUGGGCAGACCUGCUUUCAAAGAUCUUUGGGCCGUCACUUCCAUCCACUACUUAUGUAUGAAAUUUCCAACUAAACAUGGGAUUGCUACGGUCCGAGGUGAACAGAUGGGAUCCAGGGCAUGUUAUUUGAACUCUCUGAGAAAGUCAGAGCCCCGAACUGUUAAUGUGAUCAUAACUGAAGUUGCUAAUGAAGUCAGUAUGGACGUGAAAAUGCUCGACGCCCCUGAACAAGGGCAUAUCUCCGAACAAGAGGAAGACGUCAACAUGGAAGAGGCUCCUGAACAAGGACACCCUCUUGAUGAGUUAGAUCCCCAGAUAAUUGACUCUAAACCAAAUGCAACCCCAAUGGAAGAACUAGAGAUUUUCUUCGCCAACCCAGAUGACCCUAGUCAGAAAAGACGUGCCCUCAACCCAAAAAGGUACGAGGCUAUCAAGGACGAAGUAGGCAAGCUUAGCCACAGUGGUUUCAUAAGGAAAGCCAUCUACCUGAAGUGGAUAUCCAACUCGAUCCUAGUGAAAAAACCUAGCGGGAAGUGGAGGAUACCCAUGUUCCGACCUGACGAGGAAGCUACUUCAUUCAACACAGACAGAGGACUCUACUGCUACAAAGUUAUGUCCUUUGGAUUGAAAAAUGCCGGAGCCACAUAUCAGAGACUGGUGAACAUGAUGAUCGCCGAACUAAUUGGCAGAACCAUGGAGGUCUACAUGGACGACAUGCUAGUCAAAAGCCUCGAGGCAAGCGAACACAAAUCGAAGGAGGUCCAAAGCCUCAAUGGUCAAAUAGCCGCACUUAGUCGCUUCAUCUCCAGGGCCACUAAUAAGAGCUUACCCUUCUUCAAGGUGCUUAAGCAAGGAAAGAAAUUCCAAUGGAUUUCUGAGUGUGAGAAAGCCUUUCAGGCGCUGAAAAAGCACCUUGGAGAGGCGCCCCUUUUGUCAAAACCUCAACCAGAGGAGUCUCUACUGCUGUAUUUGGCAGUAUCGGACGUGGCGGUCAGUGCUGUUCUAGUCAGAGAAGAAAAUGAGCGGCAGUUGCCAGUAUACAACGUCAGCAAAUCACUUCUCCCAGCUGAAACACGGUACCCUGACAUGGAGAAGUUGACACUUGCCCUCAUCACAGCCUCAAGGAGACUGAGGCCAUAUUCCAAGCCCACUCGAUCGAUGUUCUUACCAACUUCCCAUUGA